AUGCAUAGGAGUCAAGUCCGUAUGUCUAAACCCGGCGUGGUAAGCGGCCGGGAAUCCCAGUCAAAAGACGGAAUCUUCGUAGGGAAGGCAACAGACUUGCAGGCCUCAGCUUUGCUUUCGCCAGUUACCGUCGUAGCAACCGUCAAACCCCCCAGCACUGCAUAUCCCGUCCUGCUAAGUGGGGCCAAGCCAUGA